AUGACCUCCAAGAAACCGCAUAUUCUUAUUGUCGGCGCUGGGCUUGGUGGGUUAACCCUUGCCCAAGGUCUUCGCAGGAAUGGCAUCAGUUAUGAGAUAUUCGAACGCGAUGACGGCCCAGAUGCCCGACGACAAGGUUGGGCCAUUGGGCUACACAGUGUCCUCGAGGAAUUGCAAACAGGUGUCCCAGAUGAUCUGCCCUCUGUUGUGUCAAAUGUCAACCAUUUACAGCCGUUGAAGCUACCGCCCCAGUUCGUCAUGCAUGUGAGCGGUAGCCGCCUCGGUGUUACUGGUGGACCAGAUACGUUCGUACUCCGAGCCAGUCGGCAGCGCUUGCGCAAGUGGCUCUCCACCAACACUUCUAUUACAUAUGGCAAGCAAGCAGUCAGAAUCGAGGAGACAAAGGAUGCUGUCACCGUACAGUUUCAAGACGGUAGCUCCGCUUCGGGAGAUCUCAUGGUCGGCGCUGAUGGGAUAAACAGCCGCGUCCGAGAAUAUCUACUCGCUUGCGACAACGAAAAAACCCUAAAGACCCACCCCUUCGCAGUUGUUGUGGGCGAAACAACCGUCUCCGGUGCCGAGUUCGAGCGGCAGCUAGUCCUUGCUCAUAGCGCCUACUUGGCCGUCUCCGACGAUAGAACUCUGUCCAUCUUCGUUGGGCUCGACAAGGUCUCGGAAGACGGUAAAACAGGAAGUUAUUACUGGUUCUUCAUGAUCCCCGACGAGGAUACGGACAAACCUGACCAUUGGACAAAGCAUGCUUCGCAAGCAGAGCGACUUGAGAGAGUGUCUCAGUGCGCGAAAGCGUUCGAUGACCGUUUCACAGAAAUUUUAAAGCUUACGCCAGCCGAGGGCGUUCGCACUGAUGCAUUUUCGUUCCGAGACGCCGAGAUUGACGAACAGGAGCUGGUUUCUAGCAGUCGCGUGACCCUGUUGGGAGAUGCAGCUCAUCCUAUGGCUCCAUUCCGCGGUGAAGGAGGUGUACAUACCAUCCGCGAUGGUCUAAACCUGGCUGCGUGUAUAGCCAAAACCUGCAAUGGGGGAUACCCAACCAUUAACGAAGCAAUGAAGCGUUACCAACAGGAGAUGAUCACCCGUGGAUCUGAAGCCGUGCGACAGUCGAGAGGCCAAAUCCGCAGAGACCGCCAAGAGAACGAGCCAUGGAUGGUUUGGGGCCACCCGGCCAGACCUACACCAGAGGAAUCUCUGAAACUGGAAGAUUGUUCGUAG